CGCGCAGCCCAGCCCAGCCCAGCCCGGCUCGGUCCCGCAGGACUCGCAACACCCGGAGCCCCGGAACGCACCGUCGGGAGCGGCGCAGGUCUCAGAGCUGAGGUUCCCCUCAGCCCCUGAGUGGCCAUGUCCAACCCCAGUGCCCCCCCUCCGUAUGAGGACCGCAACCCCCUGUACCCCGGCCCUCCGCCUGUUGGGGGCUAUGGGCAGCCAUCCGUCCUGCCGGGUGGGUACCCCGCCUACCCGCAGCCGGGCUACGGUCACCCUGCUGGCUACCCGCAGCCUAUGCCCCCCAUCCAUCCGAUGCCCAUGAACUACGGCCCAGGCCACAGCUACGAGGGCGAGGAGAGAGCAGUGAGUGACAGCUUCGGGCCUGGAGAGUGGGACGACCGGAAGGUCAGGCACAGCUUCAUCAGAAAGGUCUACACCAUCAUCUCCGUGCAGCUGCUCAUCACCGUGGCCAUCAUCGCCAUCUUCACCUUUGUGGAACCAGUUGGCGAGUUUGUGCGGAAAAACGUGGCUGUGUACUACGUGUCCUAUGCUGUCUUCAUCGUCACUUACCUGACCCUUGCCUGCUGCCAGGGUCCCAGACGCCGCUUCCCGUGGAACAUCAUCCUGCUGACCCUCUUUACUUUUGCCAUGGGCUUCAUGACGGGCACCAUUUCCAGUAUGUAUCAGACCAAGGCUGUCAUCCUCGCCAUGAUCAUCACUGCCGUGGUGUCCAUUUCGGUCACCAUCUUCUGCUUUCAGACCAAGGUGGACUUCACCUCAUGCACAGGCCUCUUCUGCGUCCUGGGCAUCGUGCUCAUGGUGACUGGCAUUGUCACCAGCAUCGUGCUGUACUUCAAAUACAUUUACUGGCUGCACAUGGUCUACGCUGCUUUGGGGGCCAUUUGUUUCACCCUGUUCCUGGCUUACGACACGCAGCUGGUGCUGGGCAACAGGAAGCACACCAUCGGCCCCGAAGACUACAUCACGGGCGCCCUGCAGAUCUACACGGACAUCGUCUACAUCUUCACCUUCGUGCUGCAGCUGAUGGGGGACCGCAACUGACGGAGCCCACCUGCCCCCACCAGGGCCAGACCCUGAGCCCGGCUCCGGCCCCUGGCCCCUCUCCUGCCCCUGUUUCCGUCCUGUCCCGGCUGUGGCUGUGUAGGUGCCUGGUGGGGCUGGAGGAGCUAGGGACUGACUCUUGUCCUGGGUGGGCACGGUGUUUCCUCCCUCCCCCGGCACAGGGCACCGUACUCUUCCUAACAACGAGGGUUGGAGGGCAGGCGAGAAGGUGGCUCCCCUCCCGCUCUGCUGCAGGCUUCUAGGCCAGGGAGCCGGAGCUUUGGCUGCAGUACCCUGAACGCUUAGGCCGUUAGCCUGUACUCCACUGCCCUGGCACUUCUUAGCUUAGGAAGCUUGAUGAGCUGGUGCCCAGGGAGCCGCCUGAGUGACAGGCACAGCUUGUUUGCUUGGGUUAGUGGUGGGGAGGAAGCAGACAGCGAGCAAAGUAAAGUACAGAGGCCAGAGCGGAGCAGCGGCGACCCCAGACUCCUCCCUGGCGUGUGCCCAGGGUAAGGAGAGCAGGCGUCUGCGGCCAUCGGCUCUCCAUUCUCUGAGGCUUCCGCGAUCUCUGCCCAGGCCACGGGGAGCAGCAGCUGGGGUGCUCUGGAAGGUCAUGACGUGACCAGGACAGAACCAGGCUGAGCCGAGACUGGGGCGGGGGCCAGGAAGCUGCUGUGGGCUCCUCUGCCCUGGCUGAGGUCCUGGGGCUCGGUGCUCUUCCCUCUGCUAACCCAGGAAGGCCCUAUGAGGAGGGUGACGUCCUCUCUGUUCUAAGUCCUACUGGGGGGACUCCCCCGUGCCCACGCCUCCAGCCAGCCGCUGCUUUCUCUAACACCAGUGCCUCCAGUGGGAGUGGGGCUGCCCAAGGAUAAUUAGGACUUCUCCAUUAAGUACUUGACCCUACGUCUAUCACACAAAGGGACACAACUAGAGAUGUAAUAAAGUUUUAUGUUCAGAAGUUA